AUGGCACAUUCAAUCACGGGCCCUCCCCAGUGUCGCUGCCGAGGAGGGACAUUAGCUCCCCGCGUGGACCAUUACCAGGCCACCUUCAAAAGGAUCCAGGCACUAAUCAUGUUAGCAGCGCGGCUAACCUGCUGGCGUGCCGAGCUAAAGGCUAAUGGGGGAUAUGUGGGGGGUCCACGGGGAGGGCAGGAGAGAUAUGUGGGGGUCCACGGGGAGGGCAGGAGAGAUAUGUGGGGGUCCACGGGGAGGGCAGGAGAGAAGAACCAGGGGCCAAAGGUUGGGUCAAAGGUUGGGUCAAAGGUUGGGUCAAAGGGUUAG